GCCACAGUUCAUUCACGACGAGUAAUAAGACGAGAGGUGAACAUCCGUGGCGCAUUUACGCACCAAGUUCAGCACCAAAACAACCUCUGAGCCGUGCGCACACAGCGGAGGGACUAUUUGUGGAGUACAGUACCACGCGAGGAGGGGACGCCUGCUGACAGACAGACAGACGCACGGCUGUGGAUAUUUCUCUUUCACUCACCUUUGGAUAACUUGGAGAUUGGCAACGCUUUCUCCGGACGAUUUUGACGCACGGCAACAGGGAGCUAGGGGAGAACUCCCUGGGAGUGAAGAAGGAAUUAUACGUAUUUUUAAGACGAUUUUUUUUCCACCAUCCAUUUGUUUACCUUGGUGUAAAUACUUUGGAAUAGGAAGGUUUUGCUGCUUUAUUGGCUGGUGACGCGGCUGCCCUGGAGAAGCGAGAAGGAUGGCAGCCUGGUUCACCUUUACAAUCGCAUUUAGCACCACGUUGAUAUCACAGGUAUUUGGCUCCGGUGUUUUUGAGCUCGAUCUGCACGAAUUUAAAAACCACAAAGGUUUGCUGGCGAACGGGAACGCGUGCAAACCCAACUGCAGGACUUAUUUUAGAAUUUGCCUGAAGAACUAUCAGGCCGUGGUGUCGCCAGGUGACUGCAUCUUUGGGAGUACAAUGACAGCGGUGCUAUCGACAAACUCUUUCAGUGCAAAGGACAGUGGCACUUUACCCAGACCGAUUCAGAUACCGUUCAACUUUGGCUGGCCGGGGUCAUUUUCAUUAAUAAUUGAAGCCUGGCAUUCACCUUAUGGAAAUCUACCUGUAGACACGAACAACCAAGACUUCCUGAUAAGCUUUUUUGCUAUCCAGAGACAGAUGGGUGUAGGAACUGCCUGGUAUCCAGAAUUGCAGAUGGUAAAACAAACAGAGCUGAGAUACUCAUACAGAUUCAUCUGCAACGACAGUUACUACGGAGAAAGUUGUUCCAAAAAAUGCACGCCCAGGGACGACCGAUUUGGACACUACACCUGCAACCGCGACGGGCAGCUAUCCUGUCUGCCUGGUUGGAAGGGGAAAUACUGUGAAGAACCUAUUUGUCUGGAGGGCUGCAGCGAGAGUAAUGGAAACUGCUCCAAACCUGGCGAGUGUGUAUGCAGAGACGGAUGGCAGGGCACAUUCUGCGACGAGUGUAAGAAGUACCCGGCCUGUAAGCACGGCACCUGCCAGCUGCCGUGGCAGUGUAACUGUCAGGAGGGCUGGGGAGGCCUAUUAUGUGACCAAGACCUGAACUUCUGCACCCAUCAUCGGCCUUGUGUGAACGGUGCCACAUGUAUGAAUACAGGACAGGGAAGCUAUACGUGUACCUGCCUGCCUGGUUUCACAGGGGUCAACUGUGAGCUGGAGAUGCAGGAGUGUGACAGCAACCCCUGCAGGAAUGGAGGGAUAUGCACAAAUCUGGAAAGUGGCUACAUGUGCACUUGUCCCCAAGGUUUUGAGGGCUCUCACUGCGAGCGCAGUGCACACCUGCUGACAUGUGCAGAUUCCCCGUGCUUCCACAGCGGCAAAUGCUGGGAGAAAGACAAUGGCCGCAGCUACAUGUGUGAGUGCCCCCGCGGUUACACUGGACUCAACUGCGAGAAGAGGGUGGACAAGUGCACGUCGCUUCCCUGCUCUAAUGGUGGUCUCUGUCUGAUCCACGGAGGUGUGCGUGUGUGUAGCUGCCGUGCGGGAUUCACUGGCCAGCGCUGUGAAAUCAACAUCAACGAGUGUGCCGGAAACCCCUGCCUCAAUGGAGGCACCUGCCAAGACCGGAUCACUGACUACACCUGCGCCUGUCCUGCAGGUUUCGGUGGACGCAACUGUGACCGAGUCUUGGACGAGUGCUCCCUUCGGACCUGCCUAAACGGGGGUGCCUGCACCGGAGGAGAUGGACCAGGGAAACCUCCAGCAUCCUGUGUCUGUGCAUCAGGCUUCACCGGGCCUCGCUGUGAGUUCUUCGCCGCUGUCACCUCUCCUGUGACCCAUGGAGAGAUCCAAGAUGGCUUCCAGUGGGCGGCAGUUUCUCUGGCUGUAGGGCUGGUUGCGCUCCUGGUUCUGUUGUGCAUGGUGGGCCUGGCUUUGAGGCACAUCCACCGGCAGGCCCAAAGAGAGCGGAGAGACACAGAGACCAUGAACAACAUGUCUAACGUGCAGAAAGAUAACUUGAUCCCAGAGGCCCAGCUAAAAAACACCAACCAGAAAAUUGGGCUGGAGGUGGACUGCGAUAUGGAGAAAUCGAACUUUAUCCACAAAAACUAUCACUUGGACUCUUACAACUCUAAAUCGAAGGAGUUCAAGGAUGAAAUGUCACAAGAGGAUAAAAGUCUAAUUUAUGACAAAUGUUUAGAAGACAAAAUGCCUUUGAGUAGAAUGUACAGUGAAAAGCCGGAGUGUAGGAUAUCAACGAUAUGUUCCUCAAGAGACUCCAUGUACCAGUCGGUAUUUGUUAUAGCAGAGGAGAGGAGGGAGUGCGUCAUAGCAACAGAGGUAUAAACCACGAGGGGUCUGGAAAAACCGAAGGAACAAGGGGGGGGAAAAAAGACACAAUCGAGGCAGAAUUGAAUAUUCUGGAUUGUUUACAAAUGCUGAGAAGAGACUGGAGAUUGUUUGAGAUGUCCACUGCUGCUCUGGAACACUUGAGAACUGGAAAAAAAAAACUAAACUAAAGAACAGAACUGAGAAACUUUAUGUUGACAGAGUGUUUGUAUUCAAAACAUGUACAGUGAAGGACCUCUCUCAGUUGUGAAGCAGACUGGCAGAUAGACUGACUGCAGAUAUUAACUUAUAAUAUUGGACAGUAGAAGAAGGUGAAGGUGGAUCUUUGCCCCUCGAGUCUGACCCGGCCUUGUGUGAUAAUCAUGAAGACUUUUACAGCCAACCAAUCAGUAAAAAAAGGUGCCUAAGAUUCGACUCCGUCCCCUCCAUACUCACUCCUGCCAUCUUCGCCUGCUAUGCAAGACUCAGGGUCGAGACGAGUGAACUCACCCACUGUCACAAUCCGAACACUGAGAUUAAUGAAUGUCUGAAACUAAUCUUCAACUGUCAAUCACGUGAAAAUGACUGGUUGGACUUUUUUUCCAUGCAACCGUGAAGAUUGUAUGCAGCCCAAAUUCACUAGAAGCCUUAAAAAAAAAGAGUGGGUUUGAAUGCUCAAUGUGUGCCCUUGUUUGUUCCUUGGAUCAUUUGCACUACAACGACAAAACGGGGGGAAAUACUUUUCAAUCAACGGGGAUUCGAAGAGAAAACCACAGGAGCGCAAUAGUCAGUGCUGUGCCAGCAAGAUCCAAGAAAAGGUUUGCAUAGAAAGGUGUUAUUUUAUGCAACCUGACUGAGAAAAAACAAAGAGACUAAAAUAACACGGAGAAAGACUGUCACACCACUGCCUGCCUAUAACAAAUUUCAAAAAUACAGAACCAAUAAUGUAAUUUUUUUAAAUGAUUAUUUCCAGAGUUUAAUUUAAAUAUGACACACUGCUCUUUAUAUGUUUUUUAAUAUUAUUUUGUAUAUAAUGCAUAUUUAUAAGGACCAAACUUCUGAAGAAUAAAACUUCCUUGAAAACUG